CUUCGUGUAUCUGGAAGCCCUGAUCAGGUAUAAGAUAACAGAUCUCGGAUUUUAGUGCGUAAGUCUUUCAUCCAUUUGGCUAAAUACAUUUCUGGCAUUAUAGCUGAUGUCAGUUCGUGACGAAAACCCGAUAUAUAAUUCCCAACUAAGGCAAUAACCAGAAAUUAUGGGAGUGUUAUUCAAAUAAACUCUGUCUGUAGCUCUUCUUGGGCUACUGCCGGUCCCAAACCCGUAUGAAGGAGAAGGGUUGGGUGUGGGGUCAGCAAUCCCAUUCCGUAGGAAACAACCUUGCUAAAAAACGCUAACCAGAGUAGACAAGUUAGACCAUUUAAAUUCUGCCUCGGGAAUUGAAGGAAAUAUUAUGACGCCUUAUGAUGAAAGCCGAGAUUCUUCGGAAGUCACAAGACUGAUGCUCCUUCUGACAACCAGAGCAACAACUUUUAUAGAUCCGUCCGGACAACGUGGGAGACCGGGAGGACUAGUCAAGUAGCAACAGGAAUGAGAAGAUUCAACUUGGCAGUACUUUGACGUGGUGGUCGGGCUUACCUAUCAUAAUGAACUAGUCGAGCUACACUGGCUGGAACAAUCAUUUCUCAAAAUCCUACCACGCCAGUCAAGUCUCUAAGACCACCUCUAACUCAAUUUCCUUUUCAGGUACCUCUAAAAGAACCCUUCCACGGUGUGGGCAACCGGGAAGUGAUAAUCGUCCUCAUAUCACUAACAGCAUUCAAGAUCACUGAGAUUCGGAAGAGAUGUUGCCGUACUCCGGUCACAAAGAGAAAAAUGCUCCUCACGCUGUGAUGCUGUCCAAAGAAGCUUGAAACGCACUUAUAGGGUGGGAAUCUCAUGGAUCCAGGAUCAUCAAAGGAUCCUUCAAAACGAAGGAGUGAAUUGCAAUGAAUGUUAUCCACUGUUGUGCACCCACAAAUGAUAGCAUUGACGAUGAUAAAGAUCAGUUCUACGAGUGGCUACAAUUGCUCGUAGAAAAGUGCUCGGGAAAGGACCUGACAAUCCCGAUGGGAGAUCUAAAAGGCAAAGGCGGGAUGAACAACACCGGGUAUGAAGACAUCAUGGGACGACACGGACUGGGAGAGAGAAACGAAAAUGGGGAAAGAUUUACAAAUCUCCGUGUAUUCAAUAAAUUGGUUAUAGGCGGCACAAUAUUUCCACAUAACCGUAUACACAAAGCUGCAAGAGAAGGAAAUAUGAAAUAACUAUAUGAUACGACAAAGAAACUGGCAGGAAAAUAUAGUAAACCGGAUACUGGUCAAGAACAAAGAAGGCAAGACUAUCACCGAGACUCAAAAACAGAUAGGUAGAAUACUUCGAGAAAUUCUUUAAUGGACCAGUUCCAUUGAAUCCAUCGGAUAUCGAAGCAACAUACACACCAUCCUAUAGAUGUCACUCCACCAACGAUUGAAGAAAUCAGGAUGGCCAUCAGAAAAUCAAAAGUGGGAAAGCAACAAGACCUGACAAUAUACCAGCUGAAGUACUGAAGUCAGACAUAGAAGUAGCUCCAAACAUGCUUUACAUUCUAUUCGGGAAGAUUUGGGGCGAAGAACAAGUGCCAAUAGACGGGAUAGAAGGACACCUCAUCAAGGUACCAAAUAAAGAUCUGAGUAAAUGUAUGAACUACAGAGGUAUCACGUUGCUGUCAGUACUAGGAAAGGCCUCCAACAGAGUGUUGCUGAACCGGAUGAAAGACUCAGUAGACACCAAGCUUCUAGAUCAACAGGUCGGAUUCCGUUUGAUCGGUUGUGCACAGACCGAAGGCAUUUGACAGUGUGAAUAGAAAACCUCAUGGAACUUUCUUGGACAGUGUUUACUCUCUCCCUUCCACUUCUGGUGGUUGACUGGAUUAUGAAGACUUCCACAUCUGACGGGAAGCACGGAAUACGAUGAACAGGUUGGAUGCACCAACAAAUGUGGGUCAAGACAAAUAGUGUCGCAGCAGCCUCUGCAUCAGCAAGCCUCAACAUACACAAAAGAAAGUGCAAAAUCCUGAAAUACAACACAGUGAACACCAACCCAAUCACACUUGAUAGAAAAAACCCUGGAGGAGGUGGAUACUUUCGCGUACCUGGUCAGUACCGUUGAUAGACUAGGACAAUUCGAUGCAGACGUGAAGGCAAGGAUUGGCAAAGUAAUGACGGCAUUCCUACAGUUAAAGAACAUAUAGAACUCAAAACAACUGUCAACCAAUAUGAAAGACAGACUCUUCAGUACGAACGUCAAGACAGUUCUACUGUGUGGAGCUGAAGCUUGGAGAACUACCACAACCAUCACCGAAGAAGUACAAGUAUUUGUAAACGAUUGUCUACGUAAGAUACUCAAUAUUCGUUGACCAAAUACCAUCAGCAACAACCUACUGUGUGAGAGAACAAACCAGCUCCCUGUUCAAGAGGAAAUUGGGGAAAGAUGGUGGAGAUGGGUAAGAUAUACAUUUCGAAAAUCCUCAGACUACAUCACGAAGCAAGCGCUAACUUGUAAUCCUGAAGGGGAACGGAAAAGAGAAAGACCAAUGAACACAUUGCGUAAAGAGUUGGAAGCAAAUAUGAAAAUAAUGAAUAAGACCUGGAAAGGAUUGCCCAGGACAGAGUUGGAUGGGGAAUGCUUGUGGACGACCUAUGCUACUCUACGAGGAGUAACAGGCGUAAGUAUGUUUCUUAAAUAGUCCAUGAUUUAGUCAUUUCUGAUCAGAACUAAACACCAGGGUAAUAAGACACUCUACUGACCGUUCUCAGAUAGAUUUGUUCCCAGUAAAGAGUCAAGGAAAAUUAUGUCCCUCACGUUUUUCAUGAUGAUUCCUCUCCUUUAUUAAUGAAAUUGAUGUUCUACGGAUAAAUCAUUGCUAUACACUGCAACCGCGAUAUCGAUAUAAAUUUUAAGAUAGUCCUUUUUCAUAGCCAGAUUCUUAAGUAGGAAUACAAUUUUAAUCUCACUUCCUGACCUCUCUCUAGGCUAAUAAUUUUCCAGACCGUUCGGAUUGUAAUACUGUAUGUACUAAAAUUGGUUUUUCGUUGUUAUUGUGGCAGUCAGUGAUGCUCAUGAGUUUGCUUGAUAAGCAGUUUGUUGUGUCCGAUCAGCUGAAUGUUCUGUAAACUCAUCUAAAUGUUGAGAAUCUUUAUUUAUUUAUUUGAGCACAUAAGUAUUGGUACAAAGGGGCAUCAAAUACUUAUAUGCCACACAAGUCACUUGAUUUGUGUGUGGGCUGUGAUAUUGCCCAGACCGGAGCAGGUGGUUUUCUUAGGGGGCCACACCCGGAACCCUUGAUCUAAAGGUCUGAUCCACAAGGCAGUAGAGCAUCGUAAGGAGAUUCACUCCCAUGGUAGCCGGUGAACAAUAAUUGGUUCACAUGCCAUUUGUUUCUUCAAGAUGCAGGAGCCUAUGUGCACCACUGGUUUAGAACUAGGGUCUUCCAACUCCCCUAGGUGAAGCAUCCAUAUCCUUUAGCUCGGUUGAAGCGCCGGACAUUCGCUUUUUGUUCUCUCAAUUUCGUAAACAGCACCCCCGCCACGAGGAGGCGGUGAGUAAGACUUCCCUGGCAGUGGCUGUAUAAGCGUGGCCAUGUGACCUAACCCUUUUCACCCUCGAUCGUACCUGGGAAUUCGGGGGCAUAAUCUGCAUUUAAAGAUUUUAGAUUUCGCGUCGAGUAUUUUUCCAAAAGUUAAGGUUACGGUGCUCCAGCUGUAUUUAAAUCAAGAAGGACUUGAAGGCUUCUCUGAAUGCGUUAUGUCAUUGCCCUCAAUCACUUUACUGUCGCAUGAACUGGAACAUACUUCUUUGAUGUACUGUUUUUUAUUUUCUUAUUGACUUUGACUUCACUUCAUGUAAGUAUUGCUCGAUAUCUAUCCGAUUGACAGUAUGUUGAUAAGUUUUAGAUGAAUUAAAUAAAACAAAUAUUUCAAUUAUCCAACAAAAUCGACAUUUUAACGAUCUAUCCCGUUUCUAACACCACUGUUAUAAACUAGCCGCCUGUAAUUUGAUCAACAAACGUUUAGGGUUUGUUCAGUUAGUGGAUACAAUUCUUCGAUCGAUUGGUAAUAUGUAUUGAUACCAUAUCAGUCAGUCAAUCAACAACGUAGAACUUCGUAUGUAUGUACAUUAGUUCAAGUUGCCAUACCACAUUAGCACAGAGAUACAAUUGUCAAUUCAAACCCCGUAGUGGUAGAGGUAGUAAAAGUAGUAAUCGGAAAGAUUAGAGUUUGAAGAUGUUAUUCAAAGAGUAUAAUUCAGAAGAUUAGAAUUUUGGAGAACACAAAGAGCGGAUGCGCCUGUGCCAUUACAAACGGUUUUGAGCCAUGUCAUCCAUGGUCUCUAACCAUCGGUUGCUACCGUCUCGCGGUGGCAACAUAAGAGUAAACAUCAUUGUGUUGUAAACCAUUAACCAAUAUCAGUCUUAUAAUUCUCUCACCCUCCAGGAAAUUAAGAACUGACUGUUAGGCUUAGUUCAUUCCCUGUUUAUUGACUUUUACCUCCUAAAAUAUGAUUAAAGACAAAUAUCAUGUGCGUGGUAAUCGUUUAAGUACCUUAUAUCUAAACAUUUUUUGUUUUGUAAUGAGUUUGAAUUCCUGGCUUUGUUUGAGAACGAUUAUCUGGUACUUAAUCCUACUGACUGAAAUACUUUCAGCGGUUCGACUUCUAGAUAUUUAUUUGUCUCGAUUGUACAUGGUAAUAAAAUUUUUUUACUCGAUAUUCCAAGUUUGUGACAAAAACAUCUUUCCUCAAAAAUAUUCUCCAUUCAAAUUCUAAAUUGAACAGUUUCCACAAAUCUGUCAUUUUCUUUCACUCAGUUUCCAGUAGUUUGUGGGAUAUGCAAACGGUUGUUUUACAGUACCAAUUAACGAACUAUUGAUGACUGAGAGCUGUAUAGCCCGGAUACGUGAAUUCAAUCGUGUUAUAUGGGGUGGAUCCGAUGUGAAGACAGAUUUGUUCAAACGUUGGUGUCAAGGAUUUUCAUUCAGCCCUGUUGAGUUCAGUGCUUUGGUACAAUCAACAGGUGGUCCAUGUGCUAUUAUAGCUACUACUCAAGCCACAAUUAUGUACGAGGUUUUGUUCAUUCGCAAGCAGAAUCUAGCUGAUAUUACAGAUGUCGACAAUAUGGAAAUUCUACUUAGCGCACUGUUAAGAAUAAUUCUACUGGUUUCGAGUGAUCGCCAAAGCCAUUUUUGCUGGGUUUACUGGUGCGAAGAUGAAGAAGCAGCGAGUUCUGAGUCUUCCAUUCAAAAUGAAAAAUGUGCCACCAGUGAUUUUAGUGCUGUCAAUAAGUCAUUGGAUCCUAAUAUAAACCAGCUUGGAGAAUGUGGUUUCCAGAAAUUUAUUAAUGGUUUAAGAUGCUUCGAAGCCGAAACUGUCGAAGAACUCCGUGCAGUUGCUUUCUCGUUGCUUCCUCAAAUAAAAUCAAAGUAUGGAGUAUUGUGCUUCCUUUAUUCUGUUUUGUUCACACAUGGACUUCAGUCACUUAUAAAUGAAAUGAAUGGUGAAAUGGAUGCCUUGAUUGAUCCGAUUCAUGGACAUGCUAGUCAGUGUCUGAUUAAUUUAUUAAUUACUGGGGAGAGCACGCCAUAUUUGUUUGAUGGUGAAAGAGAUCUCGGAGGAUUUACAUUGAAAGGUAUAUCCAGGCAACCAAAAACCGGUUUCUUGACUUUUAUUGAAGCAAUGAGAUAUUGUGAAGUGGGAUGGUUUUUAAAAAAUCCAUGUUACCCAGUUUGGAUUUUGGGAUCUGAGACACAUUUGACCGUUUUGGCGUCGCCAGAUAUGUCGUUGGUGUCAAAAAAUGUAAAGUCAGAAAUUAACUCCAUAUCAGGUUUACGUCAAGCUGAAAUUGAGUUUGAUUAUCUGAGCCCAGACCAAGAUACUGGUGGUUUUAUCAGUUCGUCAGAUUUUGAAAAAUUACUGACCAAAUUGCGCCUAUCUACGGGAUCCCAACAAGUAAAUGAUUUAGUUACAAAACUAGAUCCUGAAGGUUUAGGAAUAAUUUUGAAGAAAGACUUCCUACAGUUCUUUUUUCCCGAAGAAAUGGCAAAGCACACCACUGAAGUUAUUAGCUUUCAGUUAAUCCAUUAUAAUGGUUUGGAACACUCUAAUACUGAUGGUCGGGUUCGAUACAGUAUUGGUGAAGCCCGCUUAAUAGAUCCUACAGAAGAGCUUAUCGAGACCCAGCCUAUUGAUCAAAGUCCUAUACAGCAGUGCUUGGCAACAAAAUGGCCUACAAUACGAAUCAAAUGGAACGUAAACAGAAGUCCUUCACUGAACUAAUUUAUUUGUAAUAUAUCGCAGUAGCAACUCAUCAUUAUUACCUAAAAGCUUUCAAAUCUAAAUUUGUACAGUUUAUCACUUUGUAAACAAAAUGGAGUGUUUUUAUGUACGUUAACAUGUUUUAAUGUGUU